AUGGCAUUGAGACUUGCAACACGGCGCUUUGCGCCUCAGGUCUUCCGACGAGGCAUGGCCACCACAAUUGAGCACACCAAGGAGCCCAUUUCCGCCGUAGCAGAGGCCACCUCGGCUUCCCGACCACCCAUACCAGCAAACAAGACCGGCACUGCACACGAGCCCAAGGCAGACGAGAACUCGCGCAUCAAGACAUUCCAGAUCUACAGAUGGAACCCAGAUGAGCCCGCGAGCAAGCCAAAGAUGCAGUCGUACACACUGGACCUGAACAAGACCGGACCAAUGAUGCUGGACGCGCUGAUCAGGAUCAAGAACGAGGUGGACCCAACCUUGACAUUCCGAAGGAGUUGCAGAGAGGGUAUCUGCGGCAGCUGUGCGAUGAACAUCGAUGGUGUGAACACAUUGGCAUGUUUAUGCCGUAUUCCCACAGAUACCAAAACAGAGUCGAGGAUCUACCCACUACCGCACACAUACGUCGUCAAGGACCUCGUGCCCGAUCUUACACAAUUCUACAAGCAAUACAAGUCGAUCAAGCCAUACCUGCAGAGGGAUACAGCACCAGCAGAUGGCAAGGAGGUCCGCCAGUCAAAGGAGGACAGACGCAAGCUCGACGGUCUGUACGAGUGCAUUCUCUGCGCAUGCUGCAGCACAUCUUGCCCUUCAUACUGGUGGAACAGCGAGGAGUACCUUGGUCCAGCCGUCCUGCUGCAGUCGUACCGAUGGAUCGCCGAUUCGCGUGACGAGAAGACCCUCCAGCGCAAGGACGCUUUGAACAACAGCAUGAGCCUUUACCGAUGCCACACGAUCCUGAACUGCAGCAGGACGUGCCCGAAGGGUCUCAACCCUGCACUUGCAAUUGCAGAGAUUAAGAAGAGCAUGGCUUUUGCAUAG